GUAGAGGAGGAGGAGAGGACCAGUGAGGCAGAGGAGGAGGAGGCUAGUGCACCGAACGGGACUCCGCGUAAAUAAACGGCACAGCAGCAAAGCGCUCCGCGGAGGGGGAGCUGAAGAGCCGGAGCACACCGGGCUUCGCGUGUCGCAUCGAACAGGAACAGUCCGCUGCGGGGGCUGGGGGGGACGUCAAUAGAGCCGUCUUUUGAACUGGUUCACCAGGAUAACGGAAGACUGAAGAAAAACCCCAUAGGAGGAAGAAGCAGACGUCCACCCAGAGAGGAAGCGGAGCGAGGGUAUUUGGGUUCCUCUGUUGUGGAAGUGCCCUCAGUCUCUGGUUAGCAGCAGAGGGGCAAGGGCAGACCACAGUGACCCACGAUGAUGAUGGAGAUGAGGAGUUUGGAAGCAGCGCUGCUGGUGUUGAUCCUGGGACACCUCGUCUCUGCUCUGGAGGUCCCACUAGACCUGGCACAGCCUCCAACAAUAACUCACCAGUCCCCAAAGGACUACAUCGUGGAUCCUCGGGAGAAUAUUAUAAUUCACUGUGAGGCGAAGGGGAAGCCGCAUCCCAGCUUCUCCUGGACGAGAAAUGGGACCCACUUUGACGUUGAACUGGACGAAAGUGUCACCAUGAGGCCUCACUCUGGGACCCUGAUGGUGGACAUCACCAGAGCAAGACCUGAACAUUAUGAGGGAGUGUUUCAGUGCACGGCGAGGAACAAACACGGAUCUGCUGUGUCCAACAAUAUCGUCGUCAGACAGUCAAUUGCGUAUUUCUUCCUAAGACGGCUUAUUGAAGAGUCCCCCUUGUGGUCAAAGGAGAAAAACAAACCAAUCGUGGUUCAGGAGGGCGUCUCCUUGGUGCUGCCAUGCCGACCCCCAGCAGGACUUCCACCUCCCAUCAUAUUCUGGAUGGACAACAACUUCCAGAAGUUACCUCAGAGUAAGAGGGUGUCCCAGUCCUUGAAUGGCGAUCUGUACUUCUCCAACGUUCGCCGAGAGGAUUCCAGGAACGACUACAUCUGCUACGCUCGCUUCACGCACACACAAACCAUCCAGCAGAAACAGCCCAUCACUGUCAAAGUGCUCAACCUGGAUGCAAUCAAUGAAACAAUGGCAGAUUAUUAUAAUGACACUGAAUUGUUAAAUGAGGCCCCAGUGGAUGAAAGGAAGCCAACCUUCCUCAUCCCAUCUGGCCACUCAAGCUACAAGAUGGUGCUGAGGGGGCACGUACUGGAGAUGGAGUGCAUUGCCGAAGGACUGCCCACCCCUGAGGUAUCCUGGACCAAAGUGAGCGGAGAUCUACCCAGCAGGCGCACGUCCUUCCUUCACUUCAACAAGACCCUCCGGAUUGUGAACGUGUCUGAAUCGGACGAGGGAGAAUACAGUUGCACAGCCAAGAACCUGCUCGGCUCUGCGCACCAUAUCAUUACCGUCGAGGUCAAAGCUGCCCCUUAUUGGAUCAGUGGACCUCCAAAGAAUCUUGUUCUGGCUCCAGGAGAGAAUGGAGCGCUGACCUGCAGGGCCAGCGGCACACCCAAACCCUCCAUCAUAUGGUCAAUGAAUGGUGACCGCAUAGAGAAUUUACCUGCAGAUAUUAGCAGAAAAGUGGAGGACGACACAAUCAUCUUCACUGACGUUCAGGUUGGAUCCAGCGCUGUGUACCAGUGCAACAUCUCAAACCCGUAUGGUUACCUCCUCUCCAACGCUUUCGUCAACGUCCUCCAUGAGUCACCCAGAGUGCUGACGCCAGCCAAUAAGAUCUACCAGGUCAUCGAAAAUCGCCCAGCCCUCAUGGACUGCUCCUCUUUUGGGUCACCCAUUCCCAAAAUUGAGUGGUUUAAAGACAGCAGAGCCAGCACCCUGAAUGGAGACCCUUACAUCCUGCAUGACAAUGGUACUUUGGAGAUUCAAGUAGCUCAGUCGCAGCACAAAGGCAAAUACACCUGCAUUGCCAGGAACUCGCUUGGAGCCUCUGAGAACCACGUUUACCUGCAUAUAAAAGAGCCCACCCGUAUCCUAAAGCAACCGGUCGACAUGGUGGUCCAAAGAGGCCGAUCUGUGACGUUCGAGUGUACAAUAAAACACGACAAGGAUCUUUUACCCUCUUUGAUUUGGCUUAAAGAUGAUGAGGAGCUUCCUGACGAUGAGCGAUUCAUUGUGGAGUCCAACAGCCUGUCUACUUCUGAUGUGUCACAGAGAGAAUGGCUCAGAGAUCAUGGGGAGCUGCCUGUAGAUGAUCGAUUCAUCAUAGAGUUCAACAGCUUGUACAUCACUGAUGUGUCGGAGAGCGAUGCAGGCGUGUACACAUGCUACGUCAACACCACUCUGGACCAAGACUCGGUCACUGCUGAGCUGACUGUUGUCGAGACCACCCCAGCUCCAGCUGUCACCCACGGGCGACCCGAACCCCCCACAGACCUGGAGUUGACAGACCAGAAAAAGAGGAGCGUUCAGCUUACUUGGAUCCCUGGGGAGGAACAUAACAGCCCUAUUCAGGAAUUUGUAAUCCAGUAUGAAGACUCACUGCACCACCAAGGUCACUGGCAUGACAUCGCGCGGGUUCCCGGGACCAAGACAACGGCUCAUCUCAAGCUUUCUCCAUAUGUCCACUACACAUUCAGAGUGUUGGCCCGUAACGCUGUGGGUCUGAGCGCGCCUAGCAGCCCAUCUCGAAUGUAUAAAACUGAGCCUGCAGCUCCUGACCAGAACCCAAAACAUGUACAUGGAUCUGGAAAUAAACAUAACAAUCUUGUUAUCACCUGGGAGCCUCUGUCAGGCCUUCAGUCCAACGGUCCUGGGCUUUAUUAUAAAGUGAGUUGGAGGCAGAAGAGGCCAGGCAGCGACUGGAUAACAGCCACUACCAACAACUCCAUGUAUACCGUAUCUGAAAUACCCACAUUUAGUCCAUUUGAGAUAAAGGUCCAGGCUGUAAACAACCACGGAGAUGGACCAGAGCCCGUUGUUGCUAUCGGCUACUCAGGAGAAGAUUUGCCAGCAGCAGCUCCAGCAAAUGUUCACGCUGUAGCGCUAAACAGCACCUUGGCUCGGGUUCGCUGGGACCCUGUGCCUCCUCAUUUAAUACGAGGGCAGAUCCAAGGAUACAAGGUUCAUUACUCGAGGACACACAACCCUCAUAAACACAGCCCCCAUCACACAGAGAAGCAUGUGCUCACCUUUAGUGGGAACCACAGCCAGGGCCUGCUGCCCGGGUUGCACCCGUUCAGCCACUAUUCUUUUUAUGUCAGCGUCUUCAAUAAGAAAGGAGAGGGUCCCAAAAGUGAAAAGCAGGAGUUUAAGACACCUGAAGGAGAGCCUGGGCCACCCGCCUCGCUGUCUGUCACAAACCCAAGCCUAGAUUCACUAACCCUCGAAUGGAGUCCUCCUCAUGAACAUAAUGGCCUCAUCACUGGCUACAAUCUGAGAUAUCAGCCAGUCAAUAACUCCAAUGAGCUUGGCCCAGAAGAGGAGCUGGCCCUGGCUGCCAAUGAGACCUCAGUCACUUUGCAAAACCUCAAGUACAGCCCACGCUACAAGUUUUAUUUGAAUGCGAGAACAAGCUUUGGAGCGGGCCCAGCCAUUUCUCAGGAGGCUGUCGUCAAGCAGGAUGAAGGAGGCACCCAAACCUCUCAUCCCGUUGCAGGGUUUCCUCCACGGCGUCCGAUGCACAAGGCCCGGCCUAUGAGUCUUUUUGCGAAUGUUAGCUCCUCGGUUGAAGAAGAUGGAACCCUGAUCAGUUGGGAGUACUGGGGUCCAGAGAAAAAUGUUUAUGUAGAGUACAUUGCAGAAAACAGUGAAGGUGAAGAGGAGUGGCAAAAAGAGCUUGUGAACGGCUCUCAGAACGUUAAGCUGAAAGGUCUAAAGGUGGGCCUCUCCUAUAGGGUACGUGUGGUGGCUAAGGGUCACCACGAGCAGCCGCUCCACUCCGAGGAGCUGUUUGUCACGGUCCCAGCUGUGACGAGCAGACAGGUAGACAUCGCCACUCAGGGAUGGUUCAUUGGCCUCAUGUGCGCCAUCGCCCUGCUCAUCCUGAUCCUUCUCAUUAUCUGCUUCAUUCAGAGGAAUAAAGGAGGAAAAUACCCCGUCAAAGAAAAGGAGGAUGCACACACAGACCCGGAGUUCCAGCCAAUGAAAGAUGAUGACUGUACUUUUGUGGAAUACAGUGACAAUGAGGACCAUAAACUGGUAAAAGAGAGCCGCACGCCGUCUAACGGGACGGUUAAGAGAGACGACAGUGACGACAGCUUAGUUGACUACGGGGAAGGCGGAGACGGACAGUUCAACGAGGACGGCUCCUUUAUUGGCCAGUAUAGUGGAAAGAGUUCCAGCAGGGACAAUGCUGAGGGCCCUGAGAGCUCAGGGGCCCCAUCCCCGAUUAACGCCAUGAACUCCUUGAACUCUUUUGUGUAGCGGUGUGGUGUGCUUGCUGCAUCCCGACAAUGGCAGAAUCGCCAUUUAGCAUGGGGAUUUGGGUUUGGGGGUCUCACGACUCUGCAUGGCUUCAUAAUCACACACCUCUGAGGCACAAGAAACAUAGAAAGACUGAUUUUUUUUUUUUUACUUGGAAAUCUUCCUGACGACGGGCUUAGUAGCUGAAUUGUAUGAUUCUGAUUUGACAAUACGUGCUUUUUCUUUAAGACAUAUAUUAUUAAUACUUUGACAUUAACUCAUAUUGCAUCUUUCAAUAGGCCUCACAUGAGCAAUACAGUGCUUUUCUGGCAUACAUAUGUUGGUUUUGACAUUUUUUUUCACUGAAGCAGUGUUAAAUGUCAACAGCUAACAUGCAUAUUUCCAACUGAGAGCAGGACGUUGCUGUUACGUAGUGCACUGAUAUAAUGCAUGUGCUGCAAUUAUUCAGUUUUCAAAUGCAUUUACAAUCCCACUGGCAGAACAUGCACACCUGCUAGGUGAUAUAACCGAACCAUACAGAAGGUGCAGUUCCUUGCAAAAGUAUUCAUAUCCCCCCAUUACAAGGCCAAACUUAUGUGUAUUUUAUUGGGAUUUUAUGUAACACACAAACUGGUACUUGUGUGAGUAUAUAGUUGAUAUUGUUCAUAGGGACACGUUCAUGAUUUUCUCACUUUUUUUGCAAAGAAGAAUCUGAAAAGUGUGACUUGCAUUUUUGAGUCCGACCUUUUUUGGAUCACCUUUGGAUCAUCUGCAAGUAUUUUGGGGCAUGUCUGCAUUAGAGGAAACUCAGAUUAAAUUGAGAGCAUCUCUAAACAGCAGUUUGUAAGAUCUAAAUUUAGUUCUUCAUUUGGAUUCCAUCAGCUUCACUGUUCGUACAAUACGAUGCUGCCAAUACCAUACCAGUACCAGAGCUAUGGAUCUCUGGGAUUCCUUAAGAGUUUGUAAGUUCCUCUUGGCUCAUUAUCUGAUCAGUAGCUGCCUUGCCUACAUUGUAGGUAGAUGGUAAUGAGAAGAUGGAAAUAUGAAAGUGUGCUAUGUUCUUUUUUUUUUUUUCAAGUGAUGUAUUGAGCAGCUCUCCAGGAAAUGUUCAAAACUUUGGAUAUUGUUUUCCAACCUAAACGUGCUUUAAGCUUCUCCAUGAUUUCAUCCCAGGCCUUUCUGCUCUGUUCUUUGUAUUUUAUGAUCUUGUUUGUUCAUUAAUGUUCUCUAGAAAACAUGCAAACAGUUAGAUUUGUACAGAAAUUAAAUCUUACCGAGAUGUUGUGACGUGUAAAAGUUGUACUGGUUUUUAAUUGAGAACAAAUGAACGGCUGUAUGCUGAUCUAUCAUAAAAUCUCCAUUAAAUAUACUGAAGUCUGCGAUUGUAAAAGAAGAAGCAGCUCAAGAGGGAUGAAUACUUUUUCAAGUUGGGUGCUGACAGCUCCUCCUUUGUCACUUCUUUAAUCUGCCCCUGCAAAUGUAGAAAUUGAAAUGCAGCUGUUGGAUGUGUCAUGCCAUCUUUAUAUUAUUUUUCUUCCCCCUGCAUGUGACCUCAUGAUUUCUUUAGCUCAAUCUGAAGAUCAGACGUGAAUGCUGAAGGUCCAGCAGCUCGGAGGGGUUCCUUCAGCAGGCAGUGCCUUUCUAAAGCAGUGACUCAGUUCUGAAGACUCUCAUUGGAGUUUAAUUACUACAGUGAAGACAGUAAUGGGAUUUGCAAGAGUCACGUCAUAAAUUCACUCCUAACGUUGCUCUGACAUGCAGAACCGGCUUUGUUUCUUUAUUGGGAUCGGAUCGAAACAUUGUUAAAGCUUCUUGUGGCGCAUCAGAGAUGCUAUUGAUUGUAUUUCUUCAAUGUUUAAAUGUAUAUGGAUUUGUGUGUGAAUGUGUGUGUGUGAGUGUUUGUGGAUGCCUGACAUUCAGUUUCAUUGAGGCAAACAUUGUUCAAAUGUACUAACUACACUUGAGGGCCUUUGGAUGGAAUCAAGAUUUUCUUUUUCUUAACUUGCAUCAAGUUUUAUUUUUAAAACAUUUAGUUGAUGAGUAUUUGACGACUGUGUAAAUACGUCAAUUGAUUGUACAGGGACAAGCAGAAUAUGAGUGGCAAUAUUGUGCAUGAUGUGGUUUUAUUUGUUAAUUUGACUAUAAUAAAUAUAGACAACUAUAGACUAGAGAAUAUAUAUACAGCCUCAAAUGUUUCAUUUUUUAUUAUUAUUGUUUCUGUGCAACUUGUAAAUUGUAAUUAACUAACGGGACUGAAAUUUUCUUAUGAAUAAUGUGUCUUUCUGUUCUAAUACUCAAUGCAUCAUAAUGCACAGGCUGAUAUUCUGAUUUGAACUGGUUGUAAUGGUUUCUAUUGUAAUCCCGUAGGAAUUGAUUCACUUUGUUUUCAAGUAUCUCAGAUGUUUUGUAUUUUAGAGCCAGAUUUGUACUAACAAAUGAUUUCAUUUCAGCUAUUUAAGUUUUUAUUCUCUUCAUUGCUGGUUUGACUUUCCGCCUACGGGAAAUAUGAUGCAUAAAUAAAGCACCUGCUUUAAAUUGUCCGACUGGAACUUCCUUGAGUGAAGUGAACAACUUUAAUCGGUCCAGAGACACAGCAGAGAACCUGUUGAGCUUUAAAAAUAUUAAUUAUACAGCCAAGAAGACACUUUUCAGUACCCUUCUAUGACUGCACAAAAACCCACCUAUCAAUGAAGAAAAUUCUAACAGUUUUUGGCAACUAUGAUUGUUCUUUUUAUAUGCUUCUGAUCAUCGGUUCAGUUGUAAAUAAAGAUGGAUGUUUUUGGCAACAUA